AUGUCCGACGCCGAUAGCUUCGAGGUCGUCCAGCACGACGAUGCGCCCAAGGCCGCGCCCCGCUCGCCGAGCACCAAGUCCACCGCGUCCGCCGCUUCCUCCCUGAAGAAGCCCACGUCGAGCUCCGGAACCACGACGACCGCCCGCCGUCCUGCCGCCUCCGCCUCCUCAACGUCGAGCACCGCGCGGCCCGCCGGCACCACCUCGUCGACUUCCCGCGUCGCCGGCGGCCUGAGCAAGCCUCCCACCCGUCCUCCCGGUAGCACCACGAGCACGACGAGCAGCGCUACUCGCAGGGCCCCGAGCACGACGUCCACGGCCACCCACCGCUCGCGUCCCAGCGUGUCCGCCUCUGAGGAUGAGACCAAGAGGACGGUCCGCCGCACCUCGGCCGUCCCCAGCAGCGCCGGCUCGCCGAGCAAGGAGAAGAGGACCUCGACCACCACUGCCGGCGCUGCCACGGCCGCCGCCAGGAGACCCACCAGCUCCGUGAGCAGCUCGACCGCCCCGAGGACCUCCACAACCGCCUCGCGAUCCUCCAUCAGCGGCGCGCCUCGCCCGUCGUCGACGAGCACCCGCUCGCCCGCUACCGGCAGCGGCGGCGGCGCCGUCGCCGAGGCCAAGAAGCGUCUCUCGACCGCCGCUAGCUCGACCGCCGCGCCUACGAGAACCUCGCGACCCUCGAUCCGUCCGGAUUCGGGCGGCGCGUCCGAGGCCCUGACCAAGGAGAUUGAGCAGCUCAAGGCCCAGCUCAACGAAAAGGAGUCCCAGCUGACCGAGAAGGAGUCCCUGCUUACCGAGCUCAAGACACAGGUGCAGCAGUCCCAGGAGAAGCUUUCCCAGAUGGGCGAGGCCACAAGCCAGGAGGCCGCCCAGGUCCAGAGUGCCGUCCACGACAUCCAAAAGGCCCACCAAGACCAGGUGGCCGAACUGCAAGCUAAGCAAGCCGAGCUCGAGAACCAGGUGGAUGAGGCCAACGAACAUCUUGUCGCCACCGAUGCUGACUUGGAGAAACAGCAAAGCGAGUACAAGGAGGCGAUCGCCGCCAAGGAAGCCGCCGAGACCGAGCUCGCCUCGCUGAAGCAGUCCCUCGAGACCCUCCAGGCCGAACACGAGGAGAAGUUGAAGGAGAGCCAGACCGCCCUGACCCAGGCCAUGGAGGAGCACGCCAACAAGCUCGAGGAGCUCCAGAACUCCCUCAACGACCAGCACAAGGCCGCCUUCGAAGCCCUCGAGGCCAAGCACGCCGAAGAGCUCAACCAGGGCAAGUCCGCCUCCGCCGACCACGAGGAGGCCCUGGCCAGCAUCAAGUCGAGCCACGAGGCCGCCGUCGCCGAGCUGCAGAAGAAGAUCGACGACCUCACGUCCUCCCAGAACGAGCUCGAGGUCGCCCACGAGAGCAAGGUCAACGCCGAGCUGGAAUCCCACAAGGCCAAGCUUGCCGCCGUCGAGGGCGAGAUCGCCGAGCUCAAGAGCAAGCUCGAGGCCGCGGAGCAGGCUGCCGAGCAGGCCAAGGCUGACCUGGACGCCAAGGUUGCCGAGCUGGCCGCUUCCCAAGCUCUUGUUGCCGAGGUCGAGUCUAAGCUCGCUCAGGCCCAAACCGAGCUUGCCCAGGCUCAAGAGGAGGCUCUCGAGUUCAAGCAGCAGAUCGACGACAUCAAGAAGGAGAUUGCCGCCAAGGAUGAGGCUCUCGAGAAGGCCAAGGAGGAGCACUCUAACCAGGUCAAGAAGCACGACGCCGAGCUCAAGCAGGUGUCGGCGGACUACGAAGAAGAAAUCGAGUCGCUCAAGGGAGACGCAUUCUUCAAGCGCAAGUUCCAGGACCUUGAGGCCAAGCACAACGAGUUGGAGAAGAAGCACGGCGAGCUUGAGUCGCAACACACCGACGUGACCUCCAAGUACGGCGAGUUGGAGACCCAGCACACCGCGCUUACUACCAAGCACGGCGAGCUCGAGUCCCAGCAUGGCAACCUCACCAAGGCCCAGGCUGACUCCAGCGAGAGCCACACUCAGGCCCUCGAGGCUGCCAAGGCUGAGCUGGCCGCUGCCGUCGCUGCUUUGGAGGCCAAGGAGGCCGAGCACCAGAAGGCUCUGGAUGCCCUCCGUGCUAGCCAUGCCGAGGAGAUCGAGGGUGCCAAGAGCGGUGCCUCCGCCGAUAAGGAUGCCCAGCUCGCCGAACUGCAGAGCCUGAAGGACAGCCACGCGAAGCAGCUCGAAAUCCUCAAGAGCGACAGCGAGUCCGGCUUGGCCAAGCAGAUCGAGGCCCUCAAGGCGUCCCACGCCGAGGUUGUCGAGGCUCUCAAGGCCGAGACCUCCGGAGAGAGGGAGAAGCUGCUGGCUGAGAUUGCCAGCGAGAAGGAGAAGGCCCUUGCCCUGUCCGAGAGCGCUGGUGACAAGGAGAAGCUGAUUGCUGCCCACAAGGAAGAGCUCGCGUCCACCACCGAGAAGCUGCGUGCCACCUACGAGGCCGAGCUUGCCGAGACCCGCGCGAAGCUCGUCGCCGCACACGAGGCCGAACUCGCCGAUGCCAAGGAGAAGCUCCUUGCCGCUCACCAGGCUGAGCUUUCCUCUGCCAAGGACGCCGGCAGCGCGCAGUCCGAGGAGCUCAAGACUUUGAAGCUCCAGCUUGAGGAGGCUCUGACUAGACUUAGGGAGACCGAGACGUCGAGCGCCGCCGCCCUCGCCGAGGCCAAGCGAAACCUCGACGACACUCACUCCGCCGAGGUCGAGAAGCUCAUCACGAUGCACGCCGAGCAGCUGGACGCCCUGAAGCAGCAGGCCGCUUCCGGCGCGCAGACCGAGCUUGAGGAGCUGAAGCAAGCCCAGGCCAAGGUCGUGGCAGAGCUGACGAACCAGUACGAGACCAAGAGCGAGACCCUUGCCGACGAGAUUGCCAAGCAAAAGGCCGAAGCUGCCGCGCUCAAGUCUGCCCUCGAGGCGGCCAAGGAGUCCGUCGCCAAGGCGGAGGCCGAGAAGGCCCAGAUUGAGCAAGAGAACGGUGAGCUCGGUCAGAUGUUUGCGCACGAAAAGAUGGCUCGCGCUGAGGCCGAGGCAGCCCUCGAUGCCGUCAAGAACAAGUCCCCGACCCCUCCCGACACGACCGAGGUGGACGGUCUCCGCGAGCAGCUCGCAAACGUCAAGAAGGGUCUCGAGCAGGAGCUCCACGUCGUCCAGACCAGCCUCACUGUCGCCAAGCAGGAGGUCGAGGACGUCAAGGAGGACCUGUUGCUCGCUCAGAAGGAACUCGAGGCAUCCAAGCUCGAGGCCGACAAGCAGCUCAAGACGUACAAGGCCGACUACGAGGAGCUCAACGACACGAUGACCAAGAUUGUGGAGGAGGAGCAGGCCAAGCGCAGGCACCUGGAGGAGCAGAUUGACGGUCUGAAGAAGACACUGACCGACAGGGAGAAGGGUGUUGAGGAGUUGCAGGCCCAGCUCAAGGUGAAGGACGCCGAGGUUGCAGAGGCCAAGGCCAACGCGGCAGCCGCAAAGCCUAAGGGUCUUUCGGCCAGCAGAUUCGCCGACGCCGACGACGAAGCGAACGGCGCCCAGCCCGCGGAAGGUGAGGAAGAAGACCAUUCCUCCGAGGCACUUGCUGUGCUGCAACGAGCUAGAGUCAACGCGAACCAGAUCCACAACAUGGACCGCGACAUGCAGGAGAAGAACCUGGCCAUGCUGGAGUCCAUCACGGACUUUCAGCAGCAGCCGCGGCUCGACAACAACUGA